AAAGUGCCCUCAAUAGUGAGUACGGACGUGAUACACUGAACCGGUUUUGGAGAUGGGAGGAAACCCUUGAACGGAGAUGGAGAAAACUACUCUAUUUUCUCCUAGCAGCGUUGUCAGGCGAACGGCAAAUAAGGAGAGAAAAUGGCGGUGGCAGGGACUGCUAUUAUUAUUCAUACCGAGUAGUAUUCUUACUUGAUUAGAUUAGAUUCCACUACUGUUCUACUCACAUUGAGUGGAAGAGUUAAGAUUUCACAUCGCAUGUUCCAGAAAUUAUAUUCAUGAAAAAGCCAAAAGCAAAAGGAGAUGAGGAAAAGGAAGAACGCAAUGAUGAUGUGAUUCUCGGAUCUCUGAGGAACGCCGGAGACAUGCCAUCAUUGCUUCUAACUUUGCUUUUCCUUUCUCGUGUCGAUGGAAUUGUUAUAAUAGAAACUGAAGAACCUAAUUCAAGCCAUGAUCAUCUUCUCAGCUUCAGUUUUACUUCUCAUUCUUCUUCUCCAAUGGCAGCAUCGCCGGAAGCUCUGCCAGGAAGGCCGCCGGACUUCCGUGCUCCACCACCUUCUCCAGUCGCCAACGCAGGUAGUCGUCGAUCUGGUGUGGUAAACGAUGACGAGCUUACUGAAUUCUUGGAGCAGUCCACUCGAGUUCCUGACCUCGUCUUGCCCGAUCUUCUCUUCCCUCGACAAAUCUCGAUACAGAGCAUGCCUCAGAUCGACUUCCGAUCAUUGAUGUCUGUGGACGACGAUAAUUCUAUUGAUAUCUCAAACGUUAUAGAAUCAGCCGCUGCGAUCGGAUGCUUUCAGAUCGUUAACCAUGGAAUCUCUCAAGAUUCGGUCGGAUCGGUUUUGGUUGCCGCAACUGAAAUAUUCCGGCUAUCACCGGAGAACAAAGCGAUUGCGUCGAGGUCGUCUGGAAAAUUGUACGGUUUCGAGGAAUUCUCAGGCGAUGAAGAUGCAUCUGAUGGCGGAGAUGCCUGUGAAGAAUUCGUUUGGUUUAGAGACGAUGGUUUGACAUCGGUAAUGGAGGGAAUAUGGCCGAAUGGAUAUUCAAAUUUCAGCCAGAGAAUGGAGAUCCUAUCUAAGGCGAUAGAGGAAGUGGCCAUCAGAGUUCUGCAAGUGCUCUCGGGAAGUAACCUCAGAAACUCAACCAAUGGAAUUGAAUCGGUGAAGGGGCUACAUGAAAAUGUUGGUUCAAUCUGUUGCCUUUACAAGCAUUGUAGAAACAUCAAUGCAGCAAAUAAAUGGUUGAGCUCUUUGAAAUCUGACAUUCUUCGAAUGCUGAUAAAAGGAUCUGAUUACUCUCAUGCCUUGUGUGUUCAUCUCUGUGAUGGAGCUUCGGAUUUUCAUGUCUACUCAAAGAAAGGUUGGAUGUCUUUCUGCCCAGAGAAAGAUGCAAUCAUUGUCACAAUUGGAGAUCAAUUGCAGGCAUGGAGUGGUGGAAGAUACAGGAACGUGAUUGGGCGGCCAAUUUUCAAAGUGGAAGAGGAGUCUAUUUCACUGUCUUUCCUCAUCUCUCCUGCAACCGUUGGUCAAACUUCCCAAAGGAACACAGAGAAGACCAUUUCAGUUGGUCAACAAGCAAUAUUUGCCAUCAUCUUCACCCUUCUAGGUCACCUUUUUAUCCACAUAUAUCAGAAAUUUUGAAUUUUAAGGUCCUUUCCCUCCAGUUAAAUGCACAGGAUGCCAAAAAAAUGUAGAACUUUUCAAAUCUCAGAAAAAUCCUACACAAUAGAAAUCAUGCAAUUGAAGCACUACUUUGUAAUUUGUAAAUUGAGCAUAAGCAGUGAAUGUAAAUCUUCCAGCCCAGCACUACUGGUUGAUGAUAUAAGCAUGUGGUUAUUAAGAAUUCAAGAUCAAAACUGUGUGUGUUAUUUAAA